AAGUAAUACCUGUAUAUGGGGGUACCUGUGAGCAAGAUGGGUAAUGAUGAUGGUAGGCGAUCGUGACAUGGGGAAUUAGCAACUUCGCGUGCAUGAAAAGUCCGACGUUGCAAUAUUCAAUAAUGGAAGUCACAAUAUAAGUUGCGUAAUGCGCCGAAUUUCAAGUUGUACUUGUAUCACCCCACAGUGCGCAUUGCGGCCCUCCCUCAGGCUGUGGCUAUUCGAGACAUCGCGAUACAGCACGAUGGCGAAGACGCACUGGUACCCAAGUCCCACUGUUGGCGCCAAACUAAUACUUCCCCACAUGACGACGGACAUGACUAUGAUUUGGGUGACGGCCCGACCAACAUUAAUUAUAUUGGUCUACUGCUCAACAUCAUACGCCUUUCAGCUCAAGCGCCGGUGGCAGUCGAAGAACAAGGUCCGUCAUGCACGCAUUAGGCUCAAUUGCAACUACAACCUCAUGAGGCCUUGCCCUGCCUCUACGCCCCACAAGCUCACGCCGACUUUGCGCCAGGGCCCUCCUGCCACUUCUUGCUUUAGGAAGAUGGGAAACAUAAGUCCUGAACGCAUCAAUUACAUCAAACCUAGACCUCAAUCACCGCUCGGUAAGUAUAUUUCCUUAUUAUUCUUGGGUCGAAGUUCACUGCCCUCGGUACCCAUUCUCAGGCUGUGCUGUUCUGCCACGUUCGCGUCACUCCCUUAAACGUCUGUCGCCGAGCUAGCUACUCCCAAUUCCGCCCUCAACCCCUCCGUGCGUUUUUACUUCCUGGUACAGCCCACGGAUACUGGCACCGACAGACGCUGUAACUUCGAUUGGAGUCUUCGCAUCCCUUGGGGCAGCGUUUCUUCAUACAUCACCUUUUAGCUUCUUCGUCCUCGUGCCACUAUCUCCCUCGUGUUUGCCACCCCUUG